ACACACACACACACACACACACACACACACACACACGAGUAGUAUAUAAUUAACGCACUAGGAAAAUGUCACUUCAUUCGCUUGCAGCGUGCUCACCAACAUCUGCGGAAUGAGGUUCUUGGUCGCCUUCGUUGGCCUGUUGUGUGUGGCGAGAGCAGCAUUAUCCUUCCAUCUUCCUGCUGCCCAAUCCCCACUCUCCCUUGGCCUUCUUGCUGGGGAUGUGGCUGUUGACCGGGGGAUCUCUCCACGCCUUAUGGCCACUGAUGAUGAUGGUGAUUCACGUAUGAUGAGGGACGCCUCUGCUUCUGAUUCAGCUUCAUCUUCUGAAGAGGCUGAUGAUUCUAGCAAUUCGUCUUCACGCAUGAUGAGGGACGACUCUACUUCUGAAGAGGCUGAUGAUUCUAGCAAUUCAUCUUCACGCAUGAUGAGGGACGACUCUACUUCUGAAGAGGCUGAUGAUUCUAGCAAUUCGUCUUCACGCAUGAUGAGGGACGACUCUACUUCUGAAGAGGUUGAUGAUUCUAGCAAUUCAUCUUCACGCAUGAUGAGGGACGACUCUACUUCUGAAGAGGCUGAUGAUUCUAGCAAUUCGUCUUCACGCAUGAUGAGGGACGACUCUACUUCUGAAGAGGUUGAUGAUUCUAGCAAUUCAUCUUCACGCAUGAUGAGGGACGACUCUACUUCUGAAGAGGCUGAUGAUUCUAGCAAUUCGUCUUCACGCAUGAUGAGGGACGACUCUACUUCUGAAGAGGUUGAUGAUUCUAGCAAUUCAUCUUCACGCAUGAUGAGGGACGACUCUACUUCUGAAGAGGCUGAUGAUUCUAGCAAUUCGUCUUCACGCAUGAUGAGGGACGACUCUACUUCUGAAGAGGUUGAUGAUUCUAGCAAUUCAUCUUCACGCAUGAUGAGGGACGACUCUACUUCUGAAGAGGCUGAUGAUUCUAGCAAUUCAUCUUCACGCAUGAUGAGGGACGACUCUACUUCUGAAGAGGCUGAUGAUUCUAGCAAUUCGUCUUCACGCAUGAUGAGGGACGACACUACUUCUGAAGAGUUUGGUGAUUCUAGCAAUUCGUCUUCACGCAUGAUGAGGGACGACUCUGAUUCUGAUUCUGCUUCAUCUUCUAAUGAGUCUGAUGAUUCUAGUAAUUCUGGUUCUUACUCACGUAUGAUGAGGGAUGACUCUGAUUCUGAUUCUGAUUCUGGUUCUAGUGUUUCUAAUGAUUCACGCAUGAUGAGGGACGCCUCUGUUUCUGAUUCUGCUUCAUCUUCUAAUGAGUCUGAUGAUUCUAGUAAUUCUGGUUCUAACUCACGUAUGAUGAGGGAUGACUCUGAUUCUGAUUCUGGUUCUAGUGUUUCUAAUGAUUCACGCAUGAUGAGGGACGCCUCUGAUUCUGAUUCUGCUUCAUCUUCUAAUGAGUCUGAUGAUUCUAGUAAUUCUGGUUCUUACUCUCGCAUGAUGAGGGAUGACUCUGAUUCUGAUUCUGGUUCUAGUGUUUCUAAUGAUUCACGCAUGAUGAGGGACGCCUCUGAUUCUGAUUCUGAUGAUGAUUCAACUUCUGAUGAUUCUAGUAACUGAUGAUGGUUAUGAUGACUCAUGCAUGACGAAAGCCGACCCAGAUUCAAAUGUGGACAAUGAUUCUGAGGAAGAUGAUUUUAAAUCUAAUGAGUCUGAACCUGAAGAUGAUGAUAAGUGACGAGAAUAAGUAAGAGGGAUAGUGACAUUUCUAAUUCAAGAGAAACAGUGAUCUUUGUAACCGAGAAGAACCACUGAUCCCUUUAAAGAGAACCAAUAAUCUCUAUGACUCAAGAGAAAAAAAUAUCCCUCCGAUUCAAGAAAACUAAGGAUGCGUCCAGUAGAGAACUAAUGAUCCCUGUAAUUCAGAAGAACCAAAGUUGCCUCCAAAUCAAGAGAAAGAGUUACAGAGACAUUGAGACUGACAGCGAGCACUGAUACCUACGAUACCACUGAUGCCUUCUCAUUUGCAAUCAUACAUGUAAACAUGAAAAGUAAAUAAAGUAUUUAUUGGCUAA